AUGCAGGCGGAACUUGACUCUCGCGAAGUUGUGUUUAAGGCUGUGAACGAACUCUGGAGCUUUCUUGCUUCGAUAGCUCUUCAUGACAUUUGGAUACAGAGGCUUCGCCCGGUGGAUGAUCCAACUGUACCCGAGUUGAUCCACCUGGCGUCCUCCCGAGUCGGUUUUCGGCGGUCGGUCAUUCGGUUUCGUGGCUAA